AUGCUGCAGUAGAGGGGCUGGGCUGGGUUGGGCCGGGCUGGGGCAGGCAGCCGAGAGCGGGCAGCCGGUGGGAGCCAGCCGGCCAGGGACGACGAGGCGGGUGCCCGGACAGCCUUGCUCGGAGAGCCGUCCAGCCCGCGCCCUCCUCCUCCUCCUCCGACCAGCGCGGCGAGGCACCCUCGGCGCCCAAGAGGCUCGCUCCCCGCCCGUCGGGCUCCGGCAAGAUGGGCUGGAGGCAGCCCCUCGCCUGCCUCCCUCUCGGCCUCCUCCUCCUCGCCUGCGCCCUGGGCAACAAAGCCAACAAGCACAAGCCCUGGAUUGAAGCAGAGUAUCAGGGCAUCGUCAUGGAGAAUGACAACACCGUCCUGCUGAACCCACCCCUCUUUGCUCUGGAUAAGGAUGCUCCGUUGCGCUAUGCAGGGGAGAUCUGUGGAUUCCGGAUCCAUGGGGCUGGGGUCCCCUUUGAAGCAGUGAUCUUGGACAAAGCCACAGGUGAAGGACUGAUUCGGGCUAAAGAACCAGUGGACUGUGAGGCCCAUAAGGAGCACACAUUCACCAUCCAGGCCUAUGACUGUGGUGAAGGACCAGACGGCGCAAAUACCAAAAAAUCCCACAAGGCCACAGUGCAUGUUCGAGUGAAUGACGUCAAUGAGUUUGCUCCUGUUUUUGUGGAGAAGCUGUAUCGUGUGGCAGUCACAGAAGGGAAGCUCUAUGACCGCAUUCUACGUGUGGAAGCCAUUGACGGCGACUGCUCUCCUCAGUACAGCCAGAUCUGCUACUAUGAGAUCCUGACUCCCAAUGUCCCCUUUCUGAUCGACAAUGACGGGAACAUUGAAAACACAGAGAAAUUACAGUACAGUGGAGAACGCCUCUAUAAGUUCACAGUGACGGCCUACGAUUGUGGCAAGAAGCGGGCCUUUGACGAUGCUGAAGUGGAGAUUCAGGUGAAGCCCACCUGCAAGCCCAGUUGGCAGGGUUGGAGUAAGAGGAUAGAAUAUACUCCUGGUACAGGCAGCCUUGCACUUUUCCCCAACAUCCAUCUGGAGACUUGUGAUGAGCCCCUGUGGAAUAUCCAGGCCACUGUGGAGCUGCAGACCAAUCACGUGGCCAAAGGUUGUGAUCGUGACAAUUACUCUGAGAAGUCUCUGCGUAAACUCUGUGGUGCUGCCACAGGUGAGGUAGACCUCCUGCCUGUUCCUGGUCCCACUGCCAACUGGACAGCACGGCUCUCGGUCCAUUACAGCCAGGAUAGCAGUCUCAUCUACUGGUUCAAUGGGAGUCAAGCGACCCAGGUGCCGAUGGGCAGCGGGACUGGGUCUCUUGAAGGGCUGAGCGACCAUUUCACCCUCUCCCUGUGGAUGAAACAUGGUGUGACACCCAGCAAAGGGAAACGGGAGGAGGAGACGGUGAUUUGCAGCACCAUGCAGAGCGAGGACGGAUACUCCCAUUAUUCCUUGGCUGUGCAUGGCUGUCGAAUUGCUUUCCUCUACUGGCCACUGCUGGAGAGUUCAAGACCUGUCAAGUUCCUCUGGAAACUGGAACAGGUCUGCGAUGACGAAUGGCACCACUAUGCUCUCAACUUGGAGUUCCCCACUGUGACGCUUUACGUGGACGGGGUCUCCUAUGAUCCCGCUCUCAUCCAUGACAAUGGCCUCAUCCACCCUCCAAGGCUGGAGCCUUCUCUCAUAAUCGGUGCCUGCUGGGCUGAGGAGAAGAACAAAGACAAAAUGAAAGGGAAUGAAAACUCCACAGAUAUGGGGCAAGGAGACCCUCUGCCGAUCCACCACUACUUCCACGGUUACCUGGCUGGCUUCACGGCACGCCCCGGCAGCCUGGAGAGCCGGGAGGUGAUUGAGUGCCUCUAUGCCUGUCGCGAGGGGCUGGAUUACAGUGACUUUGACAGCCUGGGCAAAGGGAUGAAGGUUCACGUUAACCCUUCCCAGUCUCUUCUCACUUUGGAAGGGGAUGACGUCGAAACCUUCAACCACGCAAUCCAGCACGUGGCCUACAUGAACUUGCUGCGCUUUGCCACGCCAGGGGUCCGACCCCUCAAGCUCACCACUACCGUCAAGUGCUUCAGCGAGGAAUCCUGCGUCUCCAUUCCAGACGUAGAGGGCUAUGUGGUGGUACUUCAGCCUGAUGCACCUCAGAUCUUGCUGAGUGGCAAUUCCCACUUCGCCCGGCCUGCCUCUGACUUUGAAGGACCCGAGGGGGUUCCUCUAUUCCCUGACCUCCAGAUUUCUUGCUCCAUUUCGCAUCAGGUGGAGGCCAAGAAGGACGAGAGCUGGCAUGGCACAGUGGCAGAUACCCGGAUGUCCGACGAGAUUGUCCACAAUCUGGACGGUUGUGAGAUCUCACUGGUUGGAGAAGACCUGGACCCGGAGCGGGAGUACCUGCUCUUGGAUGGGGCUUCCCUGCGGCAGCGAGGACUGGAUCUCAUCAACACCUCGGCCUACCUCUCGAUCACAGGUGUGGAGAGCAUUGCUGUGUUUGAAGAGAUCCUUCGGCAGGUGGCAUAUUGCACCCGCCAUGGUGCUGCCCUUUAUGAAAGGAAAUUCCGCCUUUCGUGCACUGAGAUGAAUGGCCGUUACUCCAGCAAUGAGUUCACCGUUGAGGUGAAUGUCCUCCAUAACAUGAACCGAGCUGCUCACCCCAACCACAUCAUGAGUUCCCAGCAGUUCAUGCACCGUGGCCACCACCUGCCUCCAGAACUCUCCGGCCACAGCCUGGCUAACGUUCACCGCAACUCCAUGGUCCCGAGUGCUGCCACCAUCAUCAUCGUGGUGUGCGUGGGCUUCCUGGCCCUGAUGGUGAUCUUGGGCGUCUUGCGCAUCCACUCCUUGCACCGGCGUGGGGAUGGGCAGGAAUGCGCGGGGGAGGCUGCGGGGAGCCAAGGUGGUGCCAGGGGCAAUGAAAGCGAGAUGUUCUGGGAUGACUCUGCUCUCACCAUCAUCGUCAACCCCAUGGAGUCAUACCAGAGCUGCCAGGAGCAAGCGGCGGAGGUCACUGAGUGUAAAGGCAGAGAGGCCUUGGAAGAAGAGGACAGCAGUGACGCCGAGUCCCCUGACUCUCCGGGCAGCGAUGCCACCGACGACCAGCACAUUGUGAGCAAGCGUGACAUUCCCUGCCGCUAUUAGAAGAGUGUGAUGGAUGGAGGGCAGGAGAAGUGGAACAUCCACAAAGAGGGAGGGAGGGUGGGCCUGCUUAUGGUUAAUAUUUGGGGAGGGGGGCCUGCUCCCACAUCUUUUCACUUUUUUUGCCCUUUUCCCCACUCCCUGCCCUGCUUCUUUCCAGACCUCUCUCUUCUAAGUAUGGCGAAGGCCACCCCUAAGGAGCGUUGGCGCCUCGAGUGCACAGCCCGGGAUAGCACCUUUCUCCUCCCACUAAUUCCACAGGGAUAGAAUCCCUCCCCCCGCCCCGGGAGUGCUCAUGUGCAAGCCCCCUUGAAACAGACAGGGUUGCCAACCUCCAGGUUGCCCAUCUAGAGGUCUCCCAGAAUUAUAACUCAUGUCCAGCCAAGAGGUCAUUUUCAUUGGAGGAGAUGGCUGCUCUGGAGGCUGGGCUGUAUGGCAUUAUACCCUGCUGAGGUGUCCCCCCCCCCCCAAAAUGCUGCCAUCCACAGGCUCCGCCCCUAAAUCUCUUAAGACUUUCCCAACCUGGAGCUGCACAAAAGUAAUAUUGGGGAUCAUGUCUCACAGGUCAGAUGUCAACAGUCACCCCUUCCAAUGUCUCAAACCCACCUCUUGAGGCAGGCACUACACUGUGCCGUACACAGUAGGCUCACCUUGGCCCAUGGCACAUCCCGGCAGAAGAGCCUCCGCCUCCUCAACUUGCUCGAAUACAUGGGGCAUCUCCCCACCCUACCCCACAUUUCCAUCCCCAGCCUGAACUCCUCACCCUACCAUAGAAGGGUAAGCUGGGGUUGGCAUGAUAAGCAGCAGAGGUACACAGAGAGACUGGAGGGAAGCUUGCGGGUGGGGAGGACAAAUCGGGUCCGUCAGCGUCCCCAAGAUUCUAUAUAUAUAUAUUGUAUAUUUUUUCAAUGUUGUCAUUUGAGGUUUAUUCUUGUUUUCUUGUUUGAUGCAAAAAAAAAUCCACAGCUUGUGUCGCUUUGUAAAAUUGUCAAUAAUAUUAAAAUAAAUAACAAGUGAAGGGGGGGGGGCCCGACGUGGAGAAGUGGAGCAGAUUUUAAAAUAAAAAGGGUUUUAAAAAGUAA